GUGGGAAUCUGGGGGAACAUGGCACGACGACGAUGAUGUCGGGUCGGUCUCGUCGCGGUUUCGCCACGUAGAAUUUCGGCGCUCGGUGUAUCGAGACAUAUCCGCCGACCGUUCCUCGCCGUGGUAUGCGCGUGGUCUGACGUGCCGUCAUUCGCAGCGCCGUGGGACCGGCGCGAUCGGCGACGGAGCGACCCUAAUUAUGAGCGGCGACGCGUUACCGUCCUGACAGUUCGCGCGACGCCAAACAGAAGUGCAUAAUGUGGAGCGCGUCUGAGGAAUCAUCAGGCGCGAUGGAAGGCGGCCCUCCUGAGGCUGUGGUACACACGAAGGAGACCUGCGAGCAGAAUAAAAAUCAAUUAGAAUCCCUCAAGGAAAUUAUGAUGAGGAAUCAACAAAGUUUAAAGAGAAAAGAGGAGGAGGUUCAGGAAUAUGCACGAAGAUUGUCAAAGAUCAAAUCCAGAGCCAAGUUAUCACGUCGUAGUAAAGAAGGAGCUUCGUCAUCUAAAGACACAAUGCAUUCACAUAAGACUGAAUCUGCGGCACAGGAUGUAACAGAUGAUGCAAUUGAUGACAUUAGUCAAGCAAAAACCCCAAAAGCAAAGUCUUCUUUACUUCAACGAAAAUUGGCGGAAAAUAGGAAAGUGUUCGAGCAACGUAGCAAAGAAUUGACAGAAACGAAACGAGCAGUGGAGGAGAAAGUGGAAGCUAUCAGGCAACAAUUGGACGAAACUGAUUUAGCAGCAGCAGAACACAAGGAUCAACUGGCUAUCACACCAAUUAGGCCUCUUGUCGUCACUUCGGAUGUGAUGGCGCCAAUUCAAAUUCAAAACAUUCAAGAAAAGGAAAAAAAGAUCACGGAAUUAAAUAGCAAAAUCGUUGAGCUGGAGGCUACUAUCCUGGAUCUUCAAGAAAAUUUAAACGAGAAGGAUUCUGUUAUUGAAUCCAAAACGAAAGCGGUUACUCUUAUGUCCGCAGACCUCUCCAAGAAGGGUAAAACGACAUUGGACACCCUCGAAGAUACGAAAGACGAAAUGCGAACGAUGCAAGAAAAUUUUAUCUUGAUCGAAAUGUCUCUGAAAAAUAAAAAUGCCAGUCUAUUGGAACAGCUACAGGAACGAGAUAACAGGAUAUCAGAAUUGGAGCACACAGUCAAUAGAUUUGAAGAGCAACUCAAAGAACAGAAAAUGGCUGAAUCAGCAAGUGCGGAUUUCUCGCGUUCCACUAUGGACACUUUAGCAGAAACUAAAGACGCGAUGAAAUCAAUGCAGGAAAAUUUUGUUCUCGUCGAAUCAUCAUUGAAGUUGAAGAACGACAAUCUUCUUCAACAGUUGGAAGAGUACGAAACAAAAUUGGCAGAAGCCAAAGAGAGAAUAUUUCAAUUAGAGUCUGGUGCCGGUAUAGUGACAACUCCCGCAGUCGAAGAUUUACAAUUUAGAAUAGAGAAGUUGGAGCAAAAUAAUCGACAGCUUCUAGAUGAGAAAUAUGAAUUACAAAAAAAUAUUGCCGAAUUGCAGAAUAAGGUUAUUGACAGUAAAUCAGUUCAUAGUAAUGAUGCAAUCGUCGAGAAAGACAAUAGAAUAGCAGAACUCGAAAAUUUGAUAGAGGAACUUAAACAAUCAAAUAAAUUGCUAGAAGAAGAGUCGAAGACUGAGCUGCAGAAGCAAGUAGCUGAAUUGUCGUCCAAGAACGAAGAGCAUUCCGCCAAGAUUACCGAUCUUGAGAAGCAAGUGCAUGAACUCGAAGCGGAGAAAAACGAUAUUGCAGCGAGAUUGUCAGCUGAGCAAGCGGUACCUAAAGAAGAUGUGGUAAUAAAAUUGACGAAGGAAUUGGAAGAUUUAAAUAAAAAUAUGAUCAAAUUAAAAGUCCAACACAGAAGUAAAGUAAAAAAUUUACAGAAGCAACUGGAAAACUUCAAAAUGGUAUCCGAUACGAAUGCAGAACUCGUUAGAUUGGGCAAUCAAGUGGCAUUAUUGGAGGAGGAGAAAGGUAACCUUCAGCUGAGUCUGGUAGACUUUGACGAGCUUAAAGCCUCAGCAGGAGAUUGGCAGGAACGUGUUGCUGACCUGGAAAGUAAGGUUUCAUCUCAGACAAAAGAGAUACAGAUGCAUAUUGAUGCAAUCGCCAUCUUAGAGAACCAAAAGUUAGAUUUAACGCAAGAACUGCACACGGUGAAGCAGGAGAUUUUAGCUUUAGAAGCUGAAAACGCGGAAUCGGAGAAUCUUAGAGUGACCGCAGAGAUGAAGGUUGUUGAGCUAGAGGAGCAAUUGGAAACGGCACACAAAGAACAGAAUCAGAAUAAACUCGAGAUCGAACAUCAGGAGCUUCUAAAAAAGCUCGAUGCUUUAACGCAGGAAAAUUCAGAAUUAUACAGCAAGUUAAACAAAAUGGAGGAGAAGGGUGCUUCGGAUACUGGUUCGACGGAAUCUUUUGAAGCCAUUCAAAUGAAUGAUAGAAACGAUUUGUUGAAAAAAAUGGAGGAUUUAGAGCAGAAAAAUAAUGAAUUAACACUCAAGUUAUCGAAAUUGGAGGAGAAGGAUGGCUCACACGCUGGUUCUACAGAAUCUUUCGAAACUAUAAAUGAUACAGAUCGUAGCGAAUUGAUGAAGAAGAUUGAGCAAUUGACGCAGGAGAACAGCGAUUUAACCAUGAAGUUGAGUAGGAUCGAAGAGAAGGGAUCGUCCGACACGGGUUCUACGGAAUCCUUCGAGCGUAUCCCGGAGCACAAUGAUAGCCCGACAAAAAUCGAACUGCUUACUCAAGAAAAUAGCGAACUUGUUAUCAAACUAACGAAACUGGAAGAGCGAUUGAACCAAAUAGAAAGCAGCGCUCAAUUGGACGUCUCUAAGCUUGAUCAUAGUUUAGGGAUACUUAAAGAUGAUAGUAGCUUGCGAUUACAGAUUGAGACGCUCACCCAAGGAAAUGAUAAUUUGACGGGAGAGAUUUCUCAAUAUAAAUCGCAGAUAGAAUAUCUCGUGGAGGAAAACAACAGAUUACAAGAUCGUAUAGAAGUGUUAACUGCGGAAAAUACUGAGUUGGUUAUAAAUCGCACGAAAUUGGAGGAACGUCUUCAAGUCGAGACGUCUCGUACUUCUCAAAUGUCAAUUCAAAUGAUAGAAUCUGCUGAUCAAAUUAAUGCCUUAAUAGAGAGGCAACAUAUUCUUGAAAAAGAGUUGGCACAAUUGCGAAAAACUUCGAUUGAACAUUCGGUUAACGUAACAUCAUGCGAGACUGAUGAUGCAAAAUCUAAACUCGCGACAUUGGAGAAAGAAAAUGCGCAGAUGACAAUGACAAUUGCACAGCUCGAAGAGCGUAUCAAUAGCCAAAGAGAAGACCUAAUUAAAAUUACUAGAGAGAAAGAAGAGCUGGAUCUAAAGCUGGAACACAUGACCUCCGAUGAUUCUUUCAAAGAAAGGUUGGAGCUCAUUGACAAGUUAGAGAAAUUGAAUCAAGAGAAGGAGAACGUUGCUCACGAGAGACAGGAGUUGCACGAGCAAAUUAGCAUUCUCUUACAGAAAUCGUCCGAUGAAAUUUCAGAGAGGCGAAAGGCGGAGGAGGUUGCUUGUCAGGAAUCGCAAACUGUAAUUAUAGCAUCCUUAGAAAAGGAAUUGGAGAACAGUAAGGUAUUAAUUGCGGAGUACAAAAAUCAGAUAGAGGAGGUGAACAUGAAACUGGAAAGUAUGGAGGCAGAAUUGCAGAAGAAAACUAAACAGUUACUAGAGUACGAAGCAUCGGGCGCAAAACUGGAGAGUCUGGAACGUGAAUUAAAAGACAUGUUUGUUACCGCAGAAGAAUGGAAAUUCAAGUAUGAUGACAUGCAGGAAAAGAUGCAAGCGUUGGAGCAAGCGAAAGCGUCGAUAGAAGAAGCUUUUAAGACAUUGGAGAAUGGCAACAAAGAACUGUUAGAAGUGAUAAAAGAGAAAGAUGCGGCGACUGAUACUUUACAGGAGCAUCUUCAAGAUACUAUAGGCUCCCUUGAAACGAGAUUACAAGAUGAAAUGACGAAUGUAACGGCGAAAGAACAUGAAAUUACGGAUUUGAAAGCCGAAAUUGAAAAGAGAGAUCAAGAAUUGCACACCAAAUAUGCGCAGUUGCAAAAUGGAAUGAUUACUAUAGAUGGUUUGCAGGAUGAAUUGAAUAAUUAUUCGAUUAAGCUUAAGGAAAACGAGGCUGCUUUAUCGUCGUCAUUAGGAGAGAUUGAGAGACUCAAUGAUACAAUAAAGGAGAAAGAAGAGGAAGUUUAUGCUUUACAAGAUAAUAUUAGCAAAAUUACUGAAGCGUUAGAGCGAUCUAAGCCUAUAGCAGAAUUUAAGGAAAUGGUAGAGGAUUUGCGAGAUAAAGAAACAAGUUACAUUGAAUUACAGAAUAAAUAUGAAGAAGCCUUAAAAGAAAACAAUGAGUUAUUGCAAAAAAUUGAGGAUAUGUCGAAGCGUGACGAGAACGUUAAAAAUGAAUUAAUUAAGAAAGAACAGGAGAUCGAUGGUUUGCUUACAGCUAAGGAGGAUUUGGACGCACAAAUUGAAAAAGUUAAAAGCGAUAAGGCUAAAGCUGAAAACCAAAUGUGGGAACUGCAAGCGAUUUUGGAUGAUCAAACUACAUACGCUGAGAAAGUGCAAUCGGAGUUGACAAACGAAUACAAGCAAGUAGAACGGCUUAAAACUAAGCAUAUGGAGGAUAUAGCGAUGCUGAAUCGAAGAUUAGAAGACGUUAUCGAGGAAUUAGUCGAAAAAACGCAGGAAAACGACGCUAUGAAAGCUGAGUUAGAACAGAAGGAGUUGCUCGGUAAAAAUGUCACAGAAGAGACGAAGACCAUCUUGGAGAGCAAAGUCGCAGACUUGGAACAGAAACUUUUAGAAUCAGAGACUAAGCUGCAGACGCAGUCCGAAAAGAUGAAGAAGAUUGUGGCGACGUUUAACAAAAAGAAGAUAGCGUGUCAAGAACUUGAAGCGCGUGUCGCUGAAUUGGAGGAGAAAUGGACGACGGAGAAAGAUGAGAAGGAAGUUAAAAACAAGCAGAUACAAGAGGUAGAGAUUUCCAUGCGGGAAAAGGACAACAAGAUCCAUGAUUUGGAAGAGAAGUUGCUGCAGGCAAAGAAUAACACUGCCGAGAUUCUUGCAAAUUCAGAGAAAUUUGAGAAGGAAUCGAUCAGUUUGAAAGAGAAAAUGACGGUGUUAAUGGAGCACGUUGCGGAGAUGGACGAGGAGAUCGAAAAGCAGCGUGCGGAGAUAGAACGCAUCUCUCUCGAGGUGAUGACGGAGAAAACAGCGAAGGAGAACAUUGCCAAGGAGUAUGAGUUUUACAAACAAACUGCGAGCCAGGAGGACGAACAGAAACAGACAAUUCUGGACGAGGUGAAGGAGCAAGCGCGAGAAUUGAGCGUGCGCAUGCAAGUAAUGGAAACUGAAUAUGUGGAACAGCUUGCCACAAUAAAGAACCUGAAGGCGGAGAAUGGCCUCUUGUUGUCCAAACAAACGCAGAUCGACGAGAAAUUGGAAAAUGCUGAGAAAAAAUCAGAAGAGCGUCGUGUAUUAAUUGAACAGUUGCAGAAAGAGAUUGCUACCAUGGCGUCUAUGGCGGUAACUGCACAGAUUCCGGAGCAGAGUGAACUGAGAGAAGAUGACACGCAGAUCACGCAGCAUUGCGAUCAUUCCGAACAAUGUCAGAAUUUGGUGCAAGCGUUAGAAGCGCGUUUACAAGAACGCCAGGCGGAAAUUGAAAAUCUGAACAAUGAAUUGGCCAAUUCGUACGGCAAUAUUGUGUUACUUCACGAUGAGUCUCAGAGGUACAACGAUAUGAUGAUGCAAACUGCUCAGGAGCGCUUCAAUCAGUCACUUAUGGACCAAACGAAUACAUUGCAACAGGAGAUACAUUCUUUGAAAACAGAAAAAGCUGUGAGCGAUCGGAGAGUGUCGGAAUUAGAGGCUGAGUUGAACGAGUACAAAAAUAAGAACGCGGAAUGCAAAGUUGAAAUUCCUGAAGAAGUCGAAACUCCUAUUACCGAAGAUCAGCAACAGCAGAGGCAGGAUGAUGCUUCACAAUUGCUCGAUUCUCGAGCGAUACAUCUCUUACUCAAUAAUAUAGAAGAAGAGAAAUUGCGUGUCCAAGAGUUACAGGAUCAAUUUGAAGAUUCGCAAAGUAAAUUGAAACAGACGGAGAAUCUUCUUUCUGAAAAGAACGCACAGGUGGAUUCAUUGAAUGCGGAAUUAGAUAAUGUAAUUCGUCAGAUGAAUGAUUUGAAAAUGUUACAGGAACAAUAUCCUACAGCUGACGUAGAGUCACAAAGAUUACAGCCACUUGUGACCGACAAAAGCACGCAGAUAGAUUUACUGAUUACCGAAUUGAAUACCGUAAAUCAAGAAAUGAGUUCGCAAUUGCAGCAACAUGCGGAUGUAGAAGCCAGUCUGCGAACAGAAAUCUCACUUAAGGACACAGAAAUCGCUGCGAUAAGAUCAGAGCUGACUUCCAUGAGAGAGACUGUAGAAGCAUUAACAACGGCACGAGAUCAGCAAAUCGAAUCGUACAAACUUCAGAUUAAUAAUCUGGAAAGAGAAGCGAGGAAUGCUAGUGACAAUGAUUUAAUACAAGAAUGGGAACAACGUAUCUCUGCAACCACUGCAGAAAGAGACUUGCUACAAUUGCAAGUGAACGACUUGAUGCGAUCCCUGGACGAAUUGAGGGAAUCCCUUGCGAGUUCUCAGCGUAAUCUACAGAUUGAAUUAGAGAACGUUUUGCGGGAGAGAGAUCAAGCGCAGAUACUCAUCGCAAAUCUUACGCAAGCUUUGGACGAUUCGAAACAGAAUAUCCAGGAAUCGAAGACGCACGGAGACAGCUCGAAGGAGCCUACUUCCGUGGAAAAAUCGAUCGUUGGACAAGAAUUAGAACAAAUUCCUACGACUGUCGACGAAUCAAUUAGGCAACAUGAACAAUCGGCACAAACUUCUAUCGAAAAGGAAGCACGGCAAGAGAUUCAAUUCGACAUCGGUUCCGGUUGGGACAAUAGUUCUGAAAACCUUAAUAUCGAUGAAGAACCUUGGGGUUGGAAUGCGGAGAACGUCCAAUCGGCUGUCAGCAGUCAACAUCUCAGCACGAUGACAUUGAGCGCUGAAAUGCAAUUACGUGCGAAAGUAGAAGAUUUGCAAAAUAGAGUCGAAGAUCUAGAAGCGCAGAACGCUAGGAUCGCCGAGGAGAACAAAGCGGCGCAAGUGAAGAGUGGUAAAUUGGUAAAGAAAUUGAAAGAGUACAAAGUGCAGAUAGAGGGCUUGCAGCAACAAUUGAAGAUGCAGAAGCAGACUGACAGCUUUUUUGACUUGGAUACGGCAAUCGAGGAGGAGCUGAAGGCGCAAAUCGCCAAUUUGGAAAAAGCUCUUAAUGAAAUUAAGGAGGAAAAGAAGAAUAUCAUUGCUGAGAAGGAGGUUUUACUGAAACGACUUGACGUGGUAGUAUCGGCUAACGAGAGAUAUAUGGAAAUGAAAGAGAGACAGGACAUGGAAGUUGAGGUAUUGCGCAUUCAGAAUAAGGAACUAGGUAACAAGGUACAAUCUUUAGAAUGGCGGUUACAGGAAAAUGCGACUGGUAUAGAAGAUAUUACCUCUUCGCAGCGUGAAGAUCAAAGUGAUCCGGCAUUUUAUGAAAUCGAUAAAUCUAUCGCACAUAGUCAGCCCCAGAAAAGAUCAGUGGAACCUAGUGAUGACUUUGAACUGAUAUCGAAAAAAUACAAAGAGGAAAUAGACGAUUUGAAGGAUGAGUUAGAAGCGCUUGCUGUUGAAAACGAGCAACUGCAGCACAUUUUAGAAGAACGAAAAACGACGAUAAAUGAGCCAAAAUAUAACAAUGAUGAGCUUAUGGAGAAAUUAGACUCUUUGAACAACCAAAAUGCGCAGCUUCAGAGCACUUUAAAUAAAAGUAAGGAAGAAUAUGAUGUUCUCAGGAGACAAUAUGAGCAAAGUCUAAUAGACGCGAAUGAUCAAGUGACAGCAAUGCGGCAGAACAGCGAUUUCCUCAAGACUGAAUUUGCGGAGAAGGUAGGAAGAUUAGAAACGGAGGUAGACCAGCUACAGAGAGCUUUGGAAGAGAAAAAAGUUCUAGAAGACAACGCUCUGAUCAGCUCGGAGGAAAAGCGUUCGGCCGUCAAUAUAUCUCUGAUGGAAGUUACGGAGCUGCUUAACGCCAGAGUCCAAGAAGUCGCCGAUUUGAAGCAAGAGCUUCAAGCUCAAUACGUGGGAAGACAGCAAGCUGAAGCGGCGUUACAAUUGGAAAUACAAAACUUGACUAAAGAGCUAGACGAGAGGAAACAAGAUCUAGAAACUUUGAAGCAAGCGUUCAGCGACAAGGAGCACGAGCUGGCACAGCAAAGGAGUGUGGAGACCGUAAAUACUAUCGUUAGUGAGGCUACUCAAGAAUUGGUCCAGAAGCACGCGAUUGAGAUCGAAGGAAAGGAUAAGGAAUUACGUGAUUUAACGGAGAAGCUGACCGUAUUGCAAUCGGCGGUCGAUGAAUACACCUUGAAGCUGCGAGAUUGCGCGACUAAAUUGGAGACGCAACAGCAACAAAUUGCAUAUUUGAAGGAGGAUUUAACAGAGCGAAAUUCAAUAAUAGGAACCACUCAAAGCGAUAUGAAUUUAAUGAACGAAAAAUUGCGAGAAAAACAACAGGAAUUGAUACAAUACGAGGAAGAGAAGACAAAUCUCGCGGCAGAGGUGGAUAGAUGCUUAACGGAUAUCCAACGUUUGCAGAAUCGACUGAACGCCACGGAAGCAACUACGGAGGUUGACCUGCAAGAAUGCAGGUCACGUAUUCACGGCUUGGAGCAAGAAGUUCAAGCUCUAAAGUCGGACAGAGAAUCGAUCUUACUGCAAUACGAUCAGGAGACGGAAAUGUAUCAGGCUCAACUGGAAAGUAACAAGGAGCAAAUUAAUGCUUUGAAACAUGAUUUGCGAGAAAAAACCGAACAAUUGCAUUACGUGAGCACGCAAUUAUGCGCUAAGGAGAACGAUUUGGAAAGAAUCAAGGCCAUGAUGAACGAUAAGGAUUCCUUAUUGGAGAUCACGAAUCGGGAACUGAAUGAAAAACGAGCCGAACUGGAGAGAUUGCGUAACGAGCAGAAUUCCCAGGUAAUCGACGAUUUUUCGAUCUCCAGAAUGAGCCGUGACGACGACGCGGAGCUGCAAAGCACUAUAAACGAACUGAGGGCGCAGAUGGAGGCUAAGCAGCAAGAACUGGAGCACCUGAAAUACGUUUUGAGCGAGAACACUUAUCCUACGAUCAUCCAGCAGAUGCAAGAUAGAAUCAAUUGUCUGUAUAAUGAGAAAGCUACGCUGGAGGGUUCCUUGCAGGCAACUACAGAAAGCUUGACGGAGAAACAGCAGCAGGUAAAUCUUUUGACGCAACGCGUCAACGAGCAAAAUCAGGAGCACGUUUCUAAGGAGGAAGCUAGUUUGCUGUCUAGAGACCGAAGAUCUGUGCACGAUCAGGAGGAGAUCGUUAGAUUGCAGAACGAAUUGCACGCGCGGCAACAAGAGAUUAACGAAUUGAAGUACGUUAUAGCCGAGAAGGACUCGCAAUUGUGUCUCCAGGCCAGUAUGGAGCCGCAAUCGGACGACUUCGAGCUGCGUGAGACCGUGCAGAGAUUGAUGGGAGAAUUGUACGGCAAGGAGCAAGAAGUACAGACGUUAAAGUCGACUAUCGCGGAGCUGCAAGAGCAGAUUCUGCUUCUUAAAGAUCACGAGAGGCUCUCUAAAGAGAGCAGAAACGCGAUCGAGAGGCUGACUUCGGAAAAGGAGCAAAUCCGUAUCGAUGCUGAAGAAUUUCUGAACAGGGAACUGCAAAGGAAAGAAUCGGAGAUCGAUGAGAUAAAGCAACAAUUAUCGGAGGAGAAUCAGAAGUUACUGGCGGAGCUUCGAUUGAAGGACAGCGAUAUCGAGAAUCUGAAAGCGCAAUUCGAACAAUUAUGGACGACUGCGAAUGAUCGGGGCAGUAAGUUGCAACAGAAAGAAAACGAAUUAAUGCACACGAUCGACGAUCUGGCGGAGAAGGAGAGAAGACUGGCCGAGCUGAGCAUCACCAAAGACACCGAACUUUAUAACUUGAAAGUGCAGAUCGGUGAAAAAGAGGCGCGUAUAGACGAACUCUUGGCAUUGUCCGCGGAAGAGGAGAAACAAUUGAACGAGUUGAGACAAACGUUGGAGACUAGUGAGACAGAGGUGAACAGGCUGAAGGAAUUGCUGGUGCAAAAGGUUUCGGAACACGACUUGAUACAGCACGCCUUGAAGAGAGACAUGCCCGUUGCCGAAGUCGCACCGUCGAUGAGCUCGGAAACCGUUCAAACGGUCGACAAUAGGGAGACCGUUUCCAGCGAGUUGGAUCUCGCGCUGUAUAUGCUUCAUCAAAGAGAUGUCCGAUGCGAGGAGCUGACUCACGAACUGAUGCAGCUGCUUGAGGAGCGCGAUACGUUACAAUUGCGAUUAUCGAACGCGAUCCGGGUGAAUGAAGAACUCAGGAGAGUGGGUAGCGCCGAAGCAAGCCCAAUGAAAGACUCAUCGUCGACCUCUCAUGCGAUAACAGAACCUGUCGUGGAACAACCUUCGCCUUCAAGGUCCGAGGGACCAGUCGAGAUCGCGAAAGAAGCUAUCGACACUCCGAUCGAGGACAAAGAAGCUCUUGCUCUGAAAUUGUCGCAGUUACAUUCAGUCAGCCAUGCAAAGGAUGUACGAUUGAAGGACGAACGAGAAUUAAGGCAUACGCAACAAAUGUCAUUAUUAGCGCACAGAGACGUUUUAAACACGUUACCGCCCGAAGCAGCUGCAAGACUCGUCAACGCUAAUUAUACGCUCUCUCGAGAUGUUCAGAGCCAAUCGAGCGUUCUCUUGAAUUGGUUGUGGGGCAAGAGCACGCCAAGGGUGGUGCACAUGUGAUGAAUGAAUAGCGGGAAUGAAACGGCCAUCGCUUUUGCCUUCUGGAGACAUUCCUGCCAAGUGCCAACUGCCAAGACUUAUUCAUGCAGUUAACUAAUAUUGGAACGACCUGUCGUAUUUUUCAGACAUAAGUCACGUGCUGACACGGUUAUAAAGAAUAGUUUUGUGAGAGUAUUGUGAGCAUGGAAGAAUGUCAGAAACAGAUAUUUUUGAAACUACACAUACACAUGUACAGAAUGUAACUAGCGUAUUUUCCCGGAAAAGUCGCUCUCUCCUCUUCGAAAAAGAAGAGAACAUGAGGAGCAGACUUGUAUGUAUUAUAACGUUGUACAGCAGAUACGCAUGAAACUUAAGGUAAAAUCUGAAAUAUUAGAUAAUAUUUUGCCUUUUUUAUUCGGUGACUAAAUUAUUUAUAAUAAAGCAUAUGCAAUGAAACAUAUACCACAGGAUGUUGGAGUUCGAUCAUUGUGUUAUUGAAUAUAAACAUGUCUAUUGAAAAGUUGCCGUCUUAUUUUUUGUUAGUUUAUUAAUUUAAUAAUAUAUAUUUUGUAAAUUAUCCAUGAUUGUCUUCCGGCUUGAUACAGUUUAUAAUACCAUAUUAUUGUUAAUUAUACAUCGAAGAAAAGCCGUUCAAGACAAAUCACAGAUAAUGCAGAAGUAAUUCGUGAUAAUUGUAAAUUGUUCAAUCGUUCUAUUUCCAUAAAAUUUUGUACAAAGGAAGGGAAGCUUCAAUAAAUAAAUGAAAUUAACAGAAGAAUGCUUAAUUGUAUUAUGAAUUGUGAUACAAAGCAACUGUAAAAUGCUGUGUUUUAUAAUAUUC